AUGGCUUUGGACCAGAGAUGUGUUCGUGCUUUUGGUAAAAUAUGGCUUGUGUUGUGUGUCUUGACCUUAGCAAAUGGACAGAAAGGGUUUAGAAAGUUUGUGCAAAGAGCCCACAGACCUACAGCUGAGGAACAGUGGUUUAUUCAGAAACUGGAUCACUUCAAUGGCCAGGACAGCACAGUCUGGAAACAAAGGUUUUUUGUGAAUGACAAAUAUGCCCAGCCCGGUGGUCCAGUGUUCUUAAUGAUCGGAGGCGAGGGUCCAGCCAGCCCUGCGUGGAUGGAGCAGGGCACUUGGUUCACCUAUGCAGAGAAACUGGGAGCUCUCUGCUUUAUGUUGGAGCAUCGCUUUUAUGGGAAAAGUCACCCAACACCCGACCUGAGCACAGAACAUCUGCGUUUCCUGAGCAGUAGACAAGCACUUGCAGACCUGGCUCACUUCAGGACAGUGAUGGCUGAAACGCUGGGGCUGAGUGAGCGGAAGUGGGUGGCGUUUGGAGGCUCGUACCCCGGAUCCUUGGCGGCCUGGUUCAGACUGAAGUAUCCGCAUCUCGUCUACGCCUCUGUGGCCACCAGCGCACCCGUCCACGCCCAGGUCAACUUCCCAGAGUAUCUGGAGGUUGUGAGAAGAUCCUUGGCCUCAGAGAACACAAACUGCCCCCUGUUGGUGAAGAAGGCCUCGGACACUCUGGUGGAGCUCCUCAAAGACCCCACAACCUACAACAACAUCACCAAAGACUUUAACUUGUGCUCCAAACUGCAGAUCCAGACAAAAAGUGACUCUGCCUACUUCCUGGAAACACUGGCGGGUAACUUCAUGGAUGUGGUCCAGUACAAUCAGGACAACCGAGAGUUUGAGGGAGUGAUGGGAACCAACAUCACAAUCAAGGUUCUGUGCGGGGUGAUGGCCGACGCUUCUCUGGGGGACCCUUAUUCCCGUUACGCUGCUGUGGCUCGAUUCAUGAUGGAGACUUUCUCAAUGAAGUGUCUGAACGUGAGCUACAGUGACUACGUCCAGGACAUGACCAGCGCCUCCUGGAGCGGCCCGGCUGCAGGCGGAGGGAGACAGUGGGUCUACCAGACGUGCACCGAGUUCGGCUUCUAUCAAAGCACUGAUUCACCCGACCAACCGUUUGCUGGCUUUCCUCUGGAGUACCAGGUGAAGCAGUGUGCAGACUUCUACAACGUCAGCGCAGAGCAGCUGGCUGAAGCCGUGGCUCAAACCAACGAAUACUACGGCGGAUACAAGAUUCGUUCGUCCAGAAUCGUCUUUCCCAACGGCUCCAUCGAUCCCUGGCACGCUCUGGGAAUCACCCUGGAUAUAACGCCUGAUCUCCCUGCAGUUUUCAUAAAAGGAACAGCCCAUUGUGCCAACAUGUACCCAGCGCGCUCCCAGGACCUGGUCCAGCUGACGAUGGCCCACGCGACGGCUGAAAUGAAGCGUGUGUGUCUAUUUUGGCUCUGCUCGGCAUUGGCCUCAUGUGUCCUCCACUCGGUCCUGGCCCAAGCCUUGACCUACGGAGAGCGCGGCUCAGAUUUGGGGAUCCAGGUCUUCCAGAAAGUGGCUCUCACCAAGCCCCAGGACAAUGUGGUGCUGUCUCCCCAUGGCGUGGCCUCCAUCCUGGGCAUGCUGCUAAGCGGAGCUCAUGGGGACACGCGCAAACAGAUCAUUACUGCGCUGCGCUAUAAGAAAAAUGGCCCUUAUAAAAUGUUAAGAAAGCUCCACAAAACCCUGACAGCGAAGUCGAACCUGGAUGCGGUGGUUAUCGCCAACGGCAUGUUCUCGCAGCAGGGCUUUCCGCUGGAGGAGGAGUUUGUGGAGACGAACAGACUGAACUUCCAGAGUCUGAGCCAGAGCCUGGACUUCAGUGAUCCCCAGAGCGCUGCGGCCCACAUCAACCAAUGGGUCCACAACAACACGCACGGCCACAUCCCGAGCCUGAUCAAAGCCGACAUGCUGGACGCCGCUCUGACGCGACUCGUUGUGGUCAACUCCAUCUACUUUAAAGGCCUGUGGAAAACGCGCUUCCAGCCCGAAAACACCAAAAUGAGGCCUUUCAACGCAGGGAACGGCAACGUCUACAAAGUGCCCAUGAUGUCCCAGCUCUCCGUCUUCAACAUGGCCGCCGACAGCACGCCUCAGGGGCUGAAGUACAAGGUGAUCGAGUUGCCGUAUCACGGAUCCUCGGUGAGCAUGCUGGUCGUGCUGCCCAGCGAGGAGGACACGGCGCUCUCCCAGAUCCUGCCCCACAUCAACACCGCCACCGUCCACGGCUGGGGCAAACUCAUGCACGCCAGGAAGUUCCGUCUCCUCAUCCCCAGGUUCACCGCUGAUGCCGAAGUGGAUCUGGAAUCUUCUCUCAUAGCUCUCGGAGUCAGAGACAUGUUUAGUCAGGAAAAAGCUGACUUCAGACACAUAAGUCCUGAAGCGGUGUAUGUGUCUAAAGCGCUGCAGAAAGCCAAAGUUAUUGUGAAUGAAGACGGGACAAAAGCAUCGUCAGCUACAACGGCCAUACUGCUGGCUCGCUCCUCUCCUCCCUGGGUCACCGUGGACAGACCUUUUCUCUUCCUCAUUCGUCACAACCCCACAGGUACAAUCCUCUUCAUGGGUCAGAUCAACCAGCCUUGA